AUGGAUAGGAUAGAAUACACUGCUGAAUCUUCAGCCCAUGGACCUAGCAGUUCAGCCCUGGCCCAGGAGCUGCACUCCAUUAACUUUAACAUCACCACAGAUGUGUCUGUACAGGUAGAUACUGAGACCGUUUUCUCCUGCUAUACUUACUCAGUGAAGAAUCUUAUAAUGGCAACGUGGGAAAUACUUCCCAGAGACAAAAUUCCCUGUAUCAUGGCCUACAGAUCAGAUACAAACGAAACCAAGAAAACAUACUGCUCUAAUGAGAGGAUAACCUGGGAAUCUAGACCUGAUAGGAAUUUCACCCUUCAGAUAGACCGAGUGACCAUUGAAGAUGAUGGAUAUUACAGAUGUGUUAUUGUAACACCUGAUGGGAACUUCCAAUACGGCCAUCAGCUCACUGUAUUAGUGCCUCCUGAGAUAGCCUUGUCUGUGGAUGGGAAUGGGACUGCCAUAUGUGAAGCAUCUGCUGGGAAGCCAGAUGCCCAGAUCUCCUGGGUCCCAGAGGGAGAUUGCUUCAGUGUGAAUGAAACUCUUGGCAAUAGGACAGUGACUGUGAAAAGUACGUGUCACUGGAAUGGGCUCAAUGGAACUAAGGUGACCUGCUCCAUUUCCCAUUUGACUGGGAACAAGAGUCUGUCCAUAGAACUUCAACCCGGUCGUCUCAACCAUUCCACACCAUUGUCACUCUUCACCAGCCUCUGUGUUCUCUUGAGCUUAAUGACCCUUGUGGGAUUCAUCCUGGUUUGGAAGGCUGUUUGCCACAGGAUCUAUAAGUCCCAAGGGACAAGGUCUACUCCAAAUAUUAAUAUGAAUAUAAAAGUACACAAGCAGUGACUCAAGUUCCACCAAGCAACAUGCUAACUGGACAGGUGUCACACCAAUGCCAAUUCAAUGGUGCUUCCUGCCCCUCUCUUUUCCAUGGCUGAGUCUGCUGGACAUGGUGUCUCCUAUUGGGCAAUUAGCUGA